UAUGAUUAUUUUUCUCCUUUACUUUCAUGUACAACUUUUCAGGUACAAUAACGUGGCACUCCACCCAUCACAACACCUGAGUGUUCUCUGACUAAUCAGAUUAUUCUGGUUGGCAGUCUUCCUGGUCACAGCUGUUGGUCCCUUUUCCCUUCUGCUGUCUCUGGCAAAAUAUAUGUAAAGGACUAUUAGGAUACGUUGUAUGGAAACAGAAAAGUCUUCCCUUUGCAAGCUGUUUCUCGCCUGCCAAAAUAGCAGUGCAUAAUGCGCGUUUUGGGGCGAAUUGUCCCUCGGCGUACACCGUAGUGACUCCACAGACACGGCUGCUCCACGUAAAUAUUAUUAAUACUUGUUUUCAGAAUGUGAAAUGUAUGCCAAGCGCAGAGCCAAAACGUGGGAAAUAUCCGAAUCGGAGGGCAGCGACGUUGAAUCGAAACCGAGUUCAAACCAAGACGUGAGCAGCCAAAUAUCAACAGGGGACGGAAAAUCUGCUCAGGCUUGUGUUUUAUCGGCUCCGCGACCGGAUGGCUCCUGCACGCCGAGCCCAGCACGCAAACGCCGCACAAAGGAGGAGGUAGAGAUUGACAGGCAGAGAGGGGAGGAGAGGAGGGAGGCGAGGGAGAGACAGAGAGCAGCGAAGGCCCGGGAGAGAGAAGAGAGGAGGCAGGAGCAGCAGAGGAGGAGAGAGGCCGCCCAGAGCCUCAAGAGUCUCCGGCCGGAGAACUGCAUCAAGGCGCUCACUGUCCGCAUAGAUCCAGCUCUUUUACAGCAGAAUGGCUCAGACUUCCUGCUGGACACUCUGGCAGAGCUGGACUGGAAGUUUCACAUUGAGAGUCAACAGCUGGCUCACAGCAUCACCUGGAGCAGGGACCCCCCUCAGCAGGGCGACGGAGGCCAGGUCACCGUGCAGGAGGAGCAAGUGCUGGUGGUCCUGACGCUGUCUGACUUCAUGGAUGUCGUGAUAUCAGUGAAAAAAAUGCUGGACAGUGAAGAGCUGGAGGAAGGGAUGGGGGCUGUCCUGAAUCCUCUUCUGGAGCUUCGGAAUCGAGAUGCCAAGAAGUUGGUCAGUCUGUUGGUAACAGACUGUGAGCCUGAUCCCAGGACAAAUCAUUUACCAGAACAGCUGCUUCAAUCCAGACUGGGGCUGGCAAAUGUGGACAUUCAAGAGGUGCUCGUGUACCUCCAGCUCUACAAAAACAUCUCAUUGGUGUUCUUGGCAGGCUGGCAGGAUGUCACUGACCACGUGUGUGCCGUCACAAAGGCUUUGUCAAAACGCCCUUUCAAACUCCUAACAGAGCGGUCAGAGCUGCCCUUCUGCGUGGACGGCUCCUGGGCCAGCGGGGCUCGGGCGGAGAGGGACGGCUCGGGGCUGAUCCAGGUGUGGAGCCGGCAGAUCCAGCAGCUGAACCGGGUCAGCGCCGCCGCGGCCUCGGCCGUCACCGCCUCCUACCGGUCACCCCAGCUGCUGCUGCAGGCUUACCAAAACUCGGGAUCGGAGGAGGAGAAGAAGGGCAUGUUGGCCGGCCUUCCGGUGAAAAGCGGCGGCAAAGAGAGGCGUAUUGGUCCAGAGAUAUCAGCCAGAAUCUACCGCUGCCUCACAGCCCACAACCCUCAGCUGGUGCUGGACUAAUGUGUUUACAGAAAUGUGAGCUAUAGAUGUUGCCGAGGGAGAAAUCUGCUUUGUAAUUACAAGGAUGUGGAUGUUAUUUAUACAGAUUUAUACGUUUAUUUAUUAGUUAGUUAUAUAAUAAAAUGGUUGCUUUGUUUAAAAAGAUAUACGUUUAUAUAAAUAAUGUGAGUGACUUGAAAAACAGAUCAUAUUUUUCUGCAUUAU